AUGCCCAAGCCCAUCAGACAAUCACCGGCUAGCAAGGUCGCACCUUUUUCAGUGAAAAGGAAACAAAUCAACUUCAAUCUAUUGGAUACACCAAUCUCAAGAAACAGUUCCCAAAGUUCUAUUCAUCCUACAUCGAUCCUGUCCUCUGAAUCAUUCACUUACAAGCAGCAGUUACUCAAAGAGAAAGAUGAUCAGAUCAUCGAUCUCAAGAAACAGGUGGAUAGUUUAAACCAAGAGUUGCAGACAAUUCGACAUCAAAACCGAUUAAUGGAAAACGAACGCACUAAAUUCGAAGCUAACAUGAUAGAGAAAUGCUCCCAGGAAAAGAGACAAGUAGAACUGGAGCUUGGCAUAUUAAAAAAGACACAUGUUGAGAAAAUGCAAGAUCUAUCAGCUACAUUAAAUCAAUUAUUAGGCACUAUUGCAUUCUUGAAAGAUCAGCUAGCCAAAAACAACAUUUCAAUCGAGCAAGAGCCCGAUGGCAUGAUACUUGAUAAACUGAUUGAAUCACAAUCAUGUUAUAGAAAAGAUGCUCAAUUCAUCCAAGAUGCCUACUACAAGAUUAAGCAAGAAACACAUAUACACCAUCCUUUAUGGCCUAGUAUCCAGAAUACAGCAAUGUCCAUCAAGCAUGAGAUUAACGACUUUCAUGCUUGGAAGUCCAUCCCCGUGGCAGACCUCUGCAAAUUACUGAAAGAUGACCAAAAGAAUCACAAUUCAGUUCGAUCUCUACUAUUCGGCCGACUGAAAGAGCGCACAAAAUAG